GCAGCCAUGGAGAAAAAGCUUUAUUGCAUUUUUGCUUAUGCAUUCCUAAUUACCAUAACCUUCCAAAUGCUUUCUUGUGUAGCCAAACAACCUACGAGCCUUGCAACUGAUCAAACUGCCCUUCUUUCAUUCAAACAACACAUCACCUCCGACCCUUCUCGCAUACUUGCAACGAAUUGGACCAACUCGACCUCCGUCUGCAGCUGGAUUGGCGUCACUUGCAGCUUGCGCCAUCGAAGAGUUGCUGCGUUGAAUCUCUCCAACAUGGCUCUCUCCGGCACCAUUCCACCACAACUCGGACACCUCUCCUUCCUCGUCUCCCUCGACCUCACCAGCAAUCAUUUCCAUGGAGAUUUGCCUCAUGAACUAUCUCUGCUUCGCCGUUUGAAGUUCAUAUCUUUCCGACUCAACAACUUCACUGGAGACUUCCCUCUCAUGUUUGGUCAGUUACCAAAACUAGAGUACUUGAAUUUACGCAACAACAGCUUCAUAGGUUCCAUCCCAAAAUCUCUCUCGAACCUAACAAACCUACAAUUUCUUGACUUAACUUACAAUUCUCUAAGUGGAGAAAUUCCAUCAGCUAUAUUCAACAUAUCGACCCUUGUAUCUAUAGGUUUGACAGGCAAUGAAUUGAGUGGAAGUCUUCCAACAGACAUGUGCAGUAAUCUUCCAUUUCUUACUAGGAUUUAUCUUUCUUAUAAUCAGCUGAGUGGCGCGAUUCCCACAAAUAUAUCCCAAUGUUCACGACUAGAGGUUUUGAGCAUCUCUUACAACUCGUUUAGUGGGCAGAUUCCUUCAGAAAUGGGGUACAUAACAUCACUUCAGGGGUUAUAUCUUGGUGGUAACAAUUUGAAUGGUAUGGUUAAAAACCUGGUUACUUUUGGUGUUGAACAGAAUGAGAUUUCUGGCGAUUUCAGUAUUUUCAUGAAUAUGUCUUCUCUGCAAAACAUAAAUCUAUGGCGCAACAAAUUCACAGGGAUCCUUCCAAGGGAAGUCGGCAAUAUUACCAUGCUAACAAAUUUGCAACUCCAAGAAAACCAUUUUACAGGGCUUAUUCCCUCUGAAUUUGGCCAACUUUACCAUUUGGAGACACUACUACUAGAUAUUAAUACCUUGAGUGGUUCGAUUCCACAUGACCUCUUUAACAUUUCAACUCUUCGAAGCCUUGCACUUGAUGGCAAUGCUCUGUCGGGCGUUCUUCCAACCCAUUUAUGCCAUGCCUCUCCCUUUCUUAAAAGAUUGUUUCUUGGCGGUAAUUCCAUGAGUGGAGCAAUACCCAACUCUAUCUCUAACUGUUCUCAACUCACAGUGCUCGCACUUGAGAACAACAAAUUCAGUGGUUAUAUACCUACUCAUCUCGGCAACCUAAGACUUCUCCAAGUUCUUUCUCUGUUCGGCAACAAUCUUACCCAGGCACCAUCUUCUUCCUUCAUUACUUCAUUGACAAAUUGCAGCUUUCUAACUUAUUUGUCAAUUUCCGAAAAUCCACUAUACGGCGUCAUUCCGGCUUCUGUAGGGAACUUAUCUUCCUCGCUUCGAACAUUCACUGCCAAAAACUGCAAAUUCAGUGGCAACAUUCCUGUUGAAAUAGGCAAUUUAAGCAAUUUGGUGACAUUGGUUUUUGAAGCAAAUGAGUUAUCUGGUAAUAUUCCACUAACUAUCAGAUAUUUGCAUAAACUUCAAGGAUUAUAUCUGGUUGAUAACAUGUUGGAAGGCUCCAUUCCACAUGCUAUAUGUGAUCUAUUCAGCCUCAAUACUUUAGUUAUGAGCCAGAAUCAAUUUUCUGGUUCGAUUCCUAAAUGUUUGGGAGAUGUCUCUUCUUUGAGAAAUAUUUUUCUAGACUCCAACAUGUUGAAUUCAAGCAUACCAUCAAGCUUAUGGGGCCUAAAAGAUUUGAACUCUCUAGGCUUGUCCUCGAAUUCAUUGAAUGGGUUCUUACCUCAAGAGAUAAGUAACUUAGGAGCAGCGAUCUAUAUAAAUCUAGCGAUGAAUCAGUUGUCAGGGUCAAUUCCAAGCACUAUCGGAAAGUUGCAGAGUUUGGUUAAUCUGUCUUUGGCAAAUAAUAGACUAGAAGGUUCUAUUCCAAUGACUGUGGGAAGCAUGAUCAGUUUGGCAACUCUCGACUUGUCGUACAACAACCUCUCCGGUUCCAUUCCAAAGUCUUUAGAAGCACUUCAACACCUCGAGUACUUUAAUGUCUCUUUCAAUAGUUUAAGUGGAGAAAUUCCUAAUGGAGGUUCUUUUAGAAACUUCACUAUGGAUUGUUUUAAGGGUAAUGAGGCAUUGUGUGGAAUCCCCAAGUUCCAUGUCCAAAUUUGCUCUCCAAUUUCUAAUCACAGAUCAAAGAGAAAGAAGGUGGAGCGAGCUUCAUUUAUUGUUUUCGGGGUUGUGGCUUUCAUCUCAGUUGUUUCUUUGGCCUUUAUAAUUGUCAGAAACAAAAGGAAAGAUAAGACGACUAGAGAAGUUGAUAAGUUGAUAUCCAUUGUGCCGGAAAGAAUCUCUUAUUAUGAACUGCUGCAAGCAACAAAAAAAUUCGAUGAAAGCAAUUUACUUGGCACUGGGAGUUCUUGCUCUGUUUAUAAGGGAAUUCUUAACAAUGGGAAGGAUAUCGUUGUCAAGGUGUUUAAUAUGCAUCUAGAAGGUAUUUCAAGAAUAUUUGAUGUCGAAUGUGAGAUACUACGUAGCAUUCGACAUAGGAAUUUGACAAGCGUCAUAAGCAGUUGCUCUAAUGAAGAGUUCAAGGCAUUAGUACUUGAAUAUAUGCCAAAGGGAAACCUUGAAAAUUGGUUAUAUUCUCACAACUAUUGUUUGAAUGUGAUGGAAAGAUUGAAUAUAAUGAUUGAUGUUGCAUCUGCUUUGGAGUAUCUUCACCAUGGUUAUUCAACGCCCAUUGUCCACAGCGACUUGAAGCCUAGUAAUGUGUUGUUAGAUGAAGACAUGGUAGCCCAUGUAAGCGAUUUUGGGAUAGCCAAGUUGUUAUGCGAUGGAGAUAGCUUUGUGUUAACCAACACGUUAGCAACAUUGGGUUACAUCGCUCCAGAGUAUGGUUCGGAAGGGCUAGUUUCGACAAGGUGUGAUGUAUAUAGCUACGGAGUGAUGCUAAUUGAAACUUUUACGAGAAAAAGGCCUACUGAUGAUAUGUUUUGUGGAGAUAUGAGCUUAAAGAGAUGGGUAGAACUCUCUCUUCCAGAGAUCCCAAAUGAAGUGAUAGAUGCUAACUUAGUCAUGAAUUUGGAGGAAAAACAGAUUGACAAGAAUCUGCAGUGUGUAUCAUCCAUACUGGAAUUGGCUUUGAAAUGCUCUGCGGACUCUCCCGGGGAUAGAAUCAACAUGAAACAAGCACAUGCGGAGUUGCAGAAAAUCAAACGUCGAUUUUCCCAAUAAGAUUCAAGUAAACUAUUUCAAAGUUGUAUGUUAUUUGUAAGAUAAUAUUGUCCAGUUACCAUUUUAGUAAGAAUUUUGUUUGGUACUGUGAAGUGGAGAACCUUGAAAAUUGUGUUUCUAAGUUUGGGGAGCUCUUUAUGUUUGUUUUCCGAUUAAGUAUUAAAUAUUGUAGCUCUGUUGUAUUUGAACUUGAGAAACAUGGUCCAUCCGGGAAUUUAGAUGUUAUAAGGUUCAGCUUUGCUCAGUGAGAUGGAAAUGUCAACAACUGCUUU